AUGGUGUUUGGGAGGGAGCUGAUGAGCGAUGACGCAUCUAUCAGCCACUGCCGAGCUGUGCCCCUGUUCAACGCCAAGUCUCAGGGUCUAUUCUUAACAGUUCUGGCUGCUGAUGUCGCCAUCAUCUCGAAGGCUGUCUCCGACUGGUCGAGACCACCUCCUCGUAUCGCAAUUGGUCCGCCAAAGCAAGUUUCCGUCCAAGACAUGCAGCGGCCCAAUCACGAGCCGCGGCGGGCCUUCCGUGGGGCUGGCGCUCUGGCCAGGCUCGAGCCACGCCGACGGCCGGUGGUGGGCACGGCCGGAUUCGGAAAGGAUGCGGGCGACCCUGCCGUCUCGGCGGUCUUCGGGAUCUUGUCCGGACUUCUACCGCCAAGACCUAAGGAGGAUGGGAUUCGGAAAAUGGGCGGUGAGUCGGUUUCGAGAUUUCAAGAGUGCGAGAGUGUGGGCCAGAAGAAGAAGGCGGUCGCGGAGAACUGCAUUGAGGGGUAG